AUUUUCAUCAGUCUCUUCUUGACAUCCGAUACACAGCGAUCGACUCUGUGAUUUUAUUUUUCGCGUGGAAAAAAUCGUCAGUUAAAAUCAGUGCAUCCAUGAGUAACUCGAGUUGUUUGUUUCUGUGAUAGUUUAUAUCUUGUGGUUUAUUCGCUAAGAUUUUCUCAAGGAGUUUGAGAUGUACGAGAAGAUAUACCGGAGAUUCAUACCGAAAUGGAUUCCAUCGCGGAUCAUCAUCUGCAUCAUGAUGUUCACUGCGUGCUGGACUAGCUACAUGUGUCGUCUCCAGAUGAGUAUUUUGGCGGUUCCCAUGAUAAAAACAGCGCAAGAUAAGCAGGAGCUUUCGGGUGCGUGUGUUCGGUCUGCUGAAGAAGCAGCUAGAGUCAAUGCAGAUAAAAACAGAAGAUCUGUUCCAUUCGGGUCAAUUCACGAUCCUGAGGACUUCCACGCCAUUUUUCAGAGGGAUACUAAUGAUACCGGUUUUCCUGGGCUCAAUGGAACAUUCAGGAGUGAUUCAGAAGCCCCUCCGCCUGCUGGUAUGCAUCUGUUCUCGGGUCAUCCCUUCGAGUGGACGCCAUUCAUCCGGGGACAACUGAUAUCGGCAUACAGUUGGGGAAAUGUUCCCGGUAAUUUUAUCGGUGGAGUACUCGCCCAGAAGUACGGCCCAAGGCAGGCAAUCCUCUGGUCAUCCCUUGCGGCAGGUGUCAUAUCCCUGAUCACUCCAAUCCUGGCACACGUAUCCUGGAUGCUCCUGGCAUUCUCCAGAGUGAUCAUUGGUAUCACUGGAGGCAUUACUUUUCCCGCGUGUCACACACUGGUCGCGAAAUGGGCACCACCCGACGAAAAAGGUAGAUUCGUUUGGACACUCCAGGGUGGCACCUUCGGAUCAAUUUUCCUGUUCGGAAUGAUCUCUGGAAUUGCUGAGAACAUUAAUUGGGAGAGCGGGUGGUAUAUCCCCGCCAUCAUGAUGUUCGUUUGGGUCAUCGCCUGGUACCUCUUCGCCUGGGACUCACCAGAGGAACAUCCUGGCAUCUCCGAGGCGGAGAAGAACUACAUCUUAGAGUCUCAAGCAGGAGUCGUUCAAAAGGAGAAGCCCUCCCUCCGGGAAACACCAAUCGUCAAGAUUAUGACGUCGAUUCCUUUUCUGUGUCUCAUCCUCUGUCACUUCGGCAAUCUCUUCCUGCUGUUCUUCUACCAGAAUGGCAUGAUGCUGUACCAGACAAAAGCCCUGGGUUUCAAAUUAACAAAAGGUGGAGUUGUGGCUGGUCUGCCAUGGGCCAGCAGAGUUAUCUUCGCUUUCUUCUUUGGAUGGGCUGGAGAUGUCGUUAAAAGAAAGCAGUGGAUGUCCAUAACUCUCUUGAGAAAAACAGCAACUAUAUUCUCUCAUUUACUGCCAGGACUUUGUCUGAUUGUCGUUGGUUAUCUCGGCUGCUCCUUCUUCUGGGCCAAUGUUUUCCUGGUGCUCGCUCUGGGCUUCAAUGGCGCAGCCUCAAUCUCCAAUUUAUCAAACAAUCAGGAUCUAUCGCCGAAUUUCGCUGGCUUCCUCUACGGAAUAAUGAAUUCCAUCGGAUGCCUAUCAGGAAUUAUUAUCUCACCGGUUGUUGAAGAAGUUGCUGGCAAAUAUGGGAAUCCAAUCGAAAAAUGGAGACUUCUCUUCUGGAUGGGAGCGUCUGUUUGCAUCUCCUGCAUGGCGAUAUUCAUCGUCGGUGGCAGUGGAAAAGUCCAGAGUUGGAACGAAUUGAAACCGAGAGAGGAAGAAGCAGGUGGAAGUCGCAAAUAAUCAAAAAUCUCUGGACAACGAUUACGAUACAAUUUUGAUGAAUGAAUUUUCUAAGAGCAUUUCCUGUACUAUUUCCACUGAAAAAAAAAUGAUCUCCACAAUAUCAUUCAGGAAGCGUUGAAUUAUAUCCAACGAGCUUUACAUAACGAAAAGUACAAAUGUACAAUUAUGGUGCAAUACUUGAGACGAGUGCGUGCAUGAAGGACAAAUGCUCACUCAUAUCCUCCGAACUUUUCUCCAAUUAAAUUAUUUAUUGAAGCUGACAGAAUAAAAUUGGUUGGGAUUUAUUUAA